AUUUUGCAGUCCGUCACAUCCUUGGUAUUGCAGAGAGAAUCCUGCUUUUAACGUGGGGGGACGCUUGCCUUCGGGUUGUGAGGUGAAGAAAUAAAAAAGAGAACUUUGGCAACAAGAUGGCUGAGCCACGUCAAGAUUUCAGUAUGAUGGAUGACCAUUCCUUGAGCCAAGAUAAGCAGAUCUCAUCAGGGUAUCCCCUCCAGAUACCAGUUGAUGACGGAUCGGAUGAGCCGGUUUCUGAGACCUCUGAUGCUAAGAGUACCCCAACUACGGAAGAUGCUACAGCACCACUAGUGGAAGAAGGAGAACAUGAGGAUGGGACUGGAGCUCAGCACCAUGUAGAGAUUCCUGAAGGAACCACAGCUGAGGAAGCAGGUGUGGGAGCCACUCCUAACCUUGAAGACCAAGCUGCAGGAGACAUCGCUGAAGCUCGUGUUGAUGGUAAAGAAAAAGAUGGGACUGCUGAACAGAAAAAACCUAAGACAUCCACACCUUCCUCUGCCAGCACCCUGAAAGAUAGACCCUCCAUUACCCCCAAACGACCCUCCUCUGUUAGUACAAUCCCUUUGAAAAUACCCUCCAGCCCUGCUGAGUCCUCAGUACCAGCUUCCAGUCCUAAACGAGUCUCUUCUGUCACAUCCGGACUCGCCAGUACAGGAAUGAAAGAAACAAAGCCCAAGGGCCUGGAGAUGAAAAGUGGAAUGAAGAUGCCCACCCCAAAGUCUUCAGUGGCACAGGCUCAAAGAAGCCCCGCCAACGCUAGCAGGAUCCCAGCAAAGACUCCCACAGCCCCCAAGACGCCUCCCACCACUGCUGGAAAGAAGGAGCAGAAAAAGCCCUCUUCCACAGCAGCAAAAUCUGAUAAAGGUGAACAGCCAAAGUCUGGAGACAGAAGCGGUUACAGCAGCCCUGGCUCACCGGGAACCCCAGGCAGCCGUUCCCGCACACCUUCCCUGCCAACUCCUCCUGCCAGGGAGCCCAAGAAGGUGGCAGUGGUCCGCACUCCUCCAAAGUCCCCUUCUUCUGCCAAGAGCCGCAUGCAGCCAUCUGCUGUCCCCAUGCCUGAUCUGAAAAAUAUCAAGUCCAAGAUUGGUUCUACUGAAAACCUGAAGCAUCAGCCGGGAGGUGGAAAGGUGCAGAUUGUUAAUAAGAAGCUGGACCUUGGCAGCGUUCAAGCCAGGUGUGGCUCAAAGGAUAAUAUCAAACACGUCCCAGGAGGCGGCAGUGUGCAAAUUGUUUACAAGCCAGUAGACCUGAGCCAUGUGACAUCCAAAUGUGGUUCCUUGGGCAACAUUCAUCAUAAACCAGGUGGUGGCCAGGUGGAAGUGAAGUCUGAGAAACUGGACUUCAAAGACAAGGUGCAUUCGAAAAUUGGGUCAUUAGACAACAUCACCCAUGUUCCUGGAGGGGGCAAUAAAAAGAUCGAGACUCACAAGCUGACCUUCCGUGAGAAUGCCAAAGCCAAGACUGACCACGGAGCUGAAAUUGUCUACAAGUCCCCCACCAUCUCCGGAGAUGCCUCCCCCCGUCGCCUUAGCAAUGUUUCCUCCUCCGGCAGCAUCAAUAUGGUGGACUCCCCCCAGCUUUCGACAUUAGCCGAUGAAGUGUCUGCUUCCCUGGCCAAGCAGGGCUUGUGAUUGCGUUGCUGUGGGUGGAGAGAAAAGAAUUAAAAAUCUGGCCUUCUUCCUCUGUUCCUUUUACAGCUGCUUCCCCCACCCCCUAACUGGUUAAGGAUUUAACCUGCUUUUAUUAUUCAUUUUGCUCCAGCUCCAGGACUUGAAAACCAGUCACUGCAUUGGGUUCAGUCCCCUCCUUUCCCAGCUGGGGUUAGCCAUGUUCAGAAACAAACCCCUUGCAAAAUGUGGGUUUGACUCCUGGGUGGGUUUAGGGCUUCUCCUGUCUAACUGCAGAGAACAAGCCUGGUGCCUGUUCCCCCCAGCCACGCCAUGAGGCCUGCCCCAUCCCACCACCCAAAGCAUCCCCCCUGUGCUGCACCAGAUCACUCCUCUCCUCUGGUUUCCUGCAGCAGCAGUUCUCUGGGGCCUGCUGCCCCCUGCUGGGGACACUGGGUGCUGCAGACAUGCUGGGAACAAGCCCAUGCAGGAGAGGAAAGGAAGGUGUUUGCCUUCUGGGGGGAUGUCCUGGGGCUGUGGGGGAGGGAUUCCAGUAGCAAUUUAGAUUUAAUUCAAUUUCGUCUCAUUUCUUGUGUCAGUCACCCUGGCCAAGAAGCUGAUGGAUCCUCCAUCCUGGGGAGGAGCCCCAGGCCUGGGCUCUGGCUCCUUCACCUUCUCUCAUCCAAAGGCACCAGGCUUCUUCCUGAGACCCAACAGAACUGACUUUCAAGUCCUGUGAGCAGCAGCAGCAGCAGCUCCCCUGUGCCCUGGUACCCCCGGGACACUCUUGAAGGCCGUAGUGGCCCCAGCAGCCCCCCGUUCCUCUUAGAGCCGGUUCUGUUCUCUCUGCAAGGAUCACACGUUUUCUGUUUUUACUAACAUCUGGUUUUAGGGCUACUACUUUUAACUCUUUGUAUUAACAACAACCGCUAAUGGCUUCUUCUUUCUCCCCACUCAUUCCUCUUAUGAAAGGAUCUUGGCUCCUGUCCUUGGCAGAGACCUCUUUCUCUAGUCAGCUGUGUGACCUUGGGCUGCAUGUCUGGUUCACCAACCCUUUCCAUUGCUCAUGCCCAUGUGACUGUGUCCUGCACGCAGCGUGCAUCUGGCAUGCGGGGAACCCAGGAGUCUGGGCACUUUGUAACAUAGCCGCAUGCUCUGAAUGUUGGGUGGGGGACCUGCUUUAAGAAAGCAGAGUUGCUGGGGCUGUAUCCAUGAAACCCUUGGGGACAGGGCAGUUACUGGGCAGGAUAAAUUUACCCCUGCGCUCCCCCACCCCCCUCUUCUCCCCCAUCCCCACCGGCUUCCUGUUCUCACUAUAGCUAGAUGAGUGCCUGGCAGGCUGGACAGCUUGGCUCUUGUGAGCUUUUUGGGGUUCUUCGGAGGCUGCCUGCACGGUUUCUGGGGAGUUGCUCUGUCUAGGUGCUGCUGCAAAGUGAAAGUUCUCUGUCGGUGCCAGGACAUGAACUUUGUAUGUGGCCUUUGGGCCUGUGGGAUAGUAUAACUAUAAGUAAGAGCUGGAGGUUGAGCGUGGUCCUUGCAGAGAGCAAAUCUUAAAUGUAUCAGAGUGGGAGGAAGAAUGUAGGACCUUGCUCAGCAAGCAGAUAAAAAAGGAGACUUUUCAAGUGAGACAGCUGGGAGCUGCAGGGUGUCUCAUAAGAGUACCAAUAACAAAGAUAAAGGUGUGCGUUCUUUUUCUAUGAACAGUAGAGGAGGAUGGGAGCCAAGGAGCUGGGAGCAGAUUGUGUCCCCUUCACUUGCUAAUUCUCCUGGCAACUAGACAGAGACCUUUCUUCUUUCAGCAGACAGGGUUUCUAUUGAUGGAAACUGGGGACUCCUCAAACCCAUGUGCUGCCCUGGGCAUCCCCCUUUACUUCCCCUUCCUGUUCCACCAGCCAUUUCCAUGCUGGAAGUGAUGAUGAUGCUAGGGUUUCUGGGCUCCCUUAGGCAAGAGAUUGUUCUCUGAGCGGGCGUCCCCCUAGUUUUGUCGGAGUGAGGCAUUUCUGCAGGGGCUGUGGAGUCUGUGAAUAUAGGUUUUUUCCCUUUGGCAUCCCCUCGUGUUGUAUAGUUGGAUUUGUCUGUAUAUGCUUGGAAAUUGCCAGGGUGACAUUUGGUUUUAUAUACAUAUAAUAUAUAUAUAUAUAU